AUGCGGCCCUUCAUCAUCAUCUCAGCUCUCUACUUCGGCUACGUCUCCGCCCAAGCCCAGGCCCAAGCCCAAUGCUUCGACGCCGGUGACUGUAUUCUCUCAGGUGGCGGCCAGUGCAAUAAAGCUGCUGGGCAGCUUCUUGGAACAUGCCAGAAGGAUGGCGCUGCAGCCACGGGUGGCAAGCCUGCGCCCGCUCCUUCAGCGAGUGCGGGAGGUCUUGACGCUCUUUUAGGUGGACUGCUUGCUGGUGGCGCGAAGCCCUCGAGUGCGGCACCAGCUGCUACUACGAAACGACCUUGA